CAUGAUGGCGCAGCGGGCACUUCCUAAUCCCUACGCGGACUACGACAAGUCCUUGGCCACCGGCUACUUCGAUGCCGCAGGGAGGCUGACCCCCGAAUUCACGCAGAGGCUGAAUAAUAAAAUCAGGGAGCUGCUCCAGCAGAUGGAAAGGGGCCUCAAGUCCGCUGACCCGCAGGAUUGCACCACGUACACCGGCUGGGCAGGCAUUGCUUUACUGUAUUUGCACCUGUAUGAUGUGUAUGGAGACCCAGCCUACCUUCAGGUGGCCCAUGAGUAUGUGAAGAAGAGCCUGAGCUGUCUGACAAGACGAUCCAUCACUUUCUUGUGUGGAGAUGCCGGGCCCCUGGCAGUGGCUGCUGUCGUCUACCACAAACUGCAGAACCACAAGCAGUCAGAAGACUGCAUCACGCGUUUGCUCCAUCUACACAAGCUUGACUCACGAGUGCCAGAUGAACUGCUGUACGGGCGCAUGGGCUAUCUCUAUGCACUGAUAUUUGUGAACAAGCAUUUCGGAGAGGAAAAGAUCCCUCAAAGUCUCAUUCAGCAGGUCUCUGAAGCCGUUGUAGCCUCAGGAGAGAGCUUGGCCAAAAGGAGGAACUUUACAACAAAGAGCCCCCUGAUGUACGAGUGGUACCAGGAGUACUACGUAGGGGCAGCCCAUGGUUUGGCUGGGAUUUACUACUAUCUCAUGCAGCCCGGCCUUGGAGUGAGCCAAGUAAAACUGCACAACACAGUCAAACCCAGCAUGGACUACGUCUGCCAGCUCAAGUUCCCAUCUGGCAAUUACCCUCCAUGCAUCGAUGACACCAGAGACCUACUCGUCCACUGGUGCCAUGGGGCACCGGGUGUUAUCUACAUGCUUAUCCAGGCCUACAAGGUCUUUGGGGAGCAGCAGUACCUAAAUGAUGCCCUGCAGUGUGCAGAAGUGAUCUGGCAGCAUGGGUUGCUGAAGAAAGGCUACGGGCUGUGCCACGGGACAGCUGGCAAUGCUUACGGCUUCCUAGCACUGUACAACCUCACUCAGAACAUGAAAUACCUGUACAGGGCCUGCAAGUUUGCAGAGUGGUGUUUAAGCUACGGUCAACAUGGGUGCCGGACUCCAGACACGCCAUUCUCCCUCUUUGAAGGAAUGGCUGGAACGAUUUACUUUCUUGCUGACCUACUGGUGCCAACCAAGGCCAAGUUCCCUGCAUUUGAACUCUAAAUCUGAGCUUGGCAGUUUUCCUGCCUGAAUCCUUCCGCACUUGGAAAAGCAGUUCGAAGUUGCUUUCUCCUUCGUCCAAACUCAUCGUUGUUCACCUAUCUGAACGUAAAUCCAUCCUCCUGAGGGCAUGCUGAGUUCUCUAAUAUUUCUAGUCAUCUCAUUGCAUUAUUUCAAUUUAAAAGACAGAAUGCAGAUUUUGCUGGUGUCUCUUAAAAAUGCAGGGCUGCAGGUGGGAGCAGGGACAAAAUGUACAGUAUUUUGUUGGCUAUAGAGUUUUGCUAUUUUCUGUAUCCCAGUUCCUGGGAGAAAGUUUUCUAUUGAAUGUAACUUUGGCCAUUUAUUUUUUUAAUUUUUUCUUUGUGGUGACAAAUAGUUCCUGGAAUUUGGUUGCCUUUGGAAAACAAAAAGAUGAAACAUCGAGGCUAUUGCCCUGCAACUUGCUUUUAAGUGUUUUCUUUCUGAGCACCCAGGGAGUAGGCAGUUCAGUAGCGAGGCUGCUCUACACAAAGCAAAUGUGAUGGACUGUGGAGUCUUCAUAUAUGUUUUUUUUUUUAAUGUCAGAUUGCAAGUGGCACAGCUGGAACUGACAUGCCAAAGCCUUGUCCCAAGUUUCUACCUGUCUGCUUUAAAGGCAAAGGCUAUGUAUAGCUCAUGUGUGCAUUUUUUCCAGUGACAGACAAAUAAUCCACUAGUUUUUAUGCUUAUUUGCCAUCUUACGCUAAACCUUGCAAAAGUCCAUCCAUCAUCUAAUGGAAAACUCCAGUGAAAAAGUGAGCUAAGCAUGCUUGCUGGUGUGGUCUCUUCUGUUUAGCUUUGAAAGUUUAUUUUGCAGUCUUUAUUUAAAAUUGUGUAUGAAUAUUAUAAGUGUUAGGUGGUG